AUGGCGCUACCCAUGCCGUACUACGGCUCCACCAUGCCCUUUGAUGCCGACACGGAGUACAAGGUCGUCCAGCGCGAGCAGGUGGCCAACCCCGCACCCCUGGGCCUCUUUGCCUUUGGCCUGACCACGGCCCUGCUCCAGGGCGCCAACACGGCCAUCACCGACCCCGAGACCACCGAGUUCUGGGUGUUUGCCUAUGCCUUUGCCUACGGCGGGCUGGCCCAGCUGCUGGCGGGGAUGUGGGAGUACAAGCGCCAGAACACCUUUGGCGCCACUGCCUUCUCCUCCUUUGGCGCCUUCUGGAUCGGUUUCGCCAUCCAUGGCACCCUGGUGGCCAACGGCUUGUACGUGGCCUCGGCCGGCGCCGCCCAGAUCACGCUGUCCCUCUGGGGCAUCUUCACCUUCAUCCUCAUGGUGGCCACCCUGGAGCUCAACUUUGCGCUCUUCUCCCUCUUCAUCACCCUGUCCACCCUCUUCUUCCUCCUGGUUGCGGGGCUGACCACGCCCAACCCCUGGACCAAGAUUGCAGGGUGGUGGGGCCUGAUGGUGGCCGCCAUCGCCUGGUACAUCGCCGCCGCGGACGUGAUCAACGAGCAGUACAAGCGCACCGUCCUGCCCGUGGGCCGCUGGAGCGUGGGCACCCCCCUGGCCAAGGGCCUCAAGGCGGCGCUGAGCAAGGUUCCCCUCCUGGGCAAGGCCUGCGUGGCGGGGAUGGACCGUGAGGACGCGCUGUCCGGCUACACCAAGAAGGCAGAGGACCUGGAGCGGCCGGGCACGCCCCACGACUAUCGCGCCACGCGCCUGCACAACAACCACUCACUCUACCAGGGCGCAUGGGACGGCGAGGCCGUGCGCUACGAGCAGGAGGCCAGGGGCCUGGGCUCCGCGGUCGGGCCUUACUGA